UUCUGGUGCUUUCUUUAUUUAUUAUUGCAGACACUUUUCAUAGCAUGCAUUAUUGCAAGCUACACAGUAUUGCUUUUUCUGGUGCCUUCGUAAAUCUUGUUACUCUUCUUCCAUCACCAACCACAUACCCAGUAUCACUAUCUACACGCUCGUCCACCCUGUAAUGGCAGACAGUGUAGUUUCCUUUGUUUUAGAUCACUUAGCCCAGCUUGCCGCACGCGAAGCUAACUUGCUCUAUGGCGUGGAGGACAGAGUCCAGUCCCUACAGUACGAACUUCAGAUGAUCAAAGAGCUCCUCAAUACCACAAAGAGAAAGAAGGGAAUGGAACAUACUGUUGUGAACCAAAUCAGAGAUGUGGCCCACUUAGCUGAGGAUGUCAUCGACACUUUCGUAGCCAAAGUUUCCAUUUACAAGAGGAGAACCCUUCUGGGGAGGAUGCUCCGUGGCUUUGGCCAAGCAAGGUUGCUCCGCCACGUAGCCCACAAAAUAGACAAGCUCAAAACCACUCUCAACGAGAUACGCGACAACAAGGAUAAAUAUGAUGCUUUCAGAGAAGCCACUGAUCAAUAUGCAGCAGAAGAAGAGGAGGAGAAGGAAAGGUUGCAAUCACUGCACAAGCUAAGAAGAGACGUGGAGGAAGAACACGUGGUUGGCUUUGUCAAGGACUCCAAGGAUGUCGUCAAGCGACUCCAGGAAGGUGGUUCGAAUCGUAAAGUUGUCUCUAUCGUUGGCAUGGGGGGAUUGGGGAAGACCACCCUUGCCCGAAAGGUCUAUAAUAGCAGUCAGGCGAAGCACCACUUUGAUUGUUGUGCGUGGGUUUAUGUCUCAAACGAGUGCAGAGUUAAGGAGCUUUUGCUUGGUCUUCUUAAGCAUUUGAUGCCAAAUUUUCAACAACAGCGUAGCGGCAAUAAGAAGGGUAAGAAAAGCGUCGCAGACGUUAACAACCUGAGUGAGGAGCAGCUGAAGAAACAGGUGUUGAAAUGCUUGGAGAAAAAAAGGUAUCUUGUGGUGAUAGAUGACUUGUGGAAAAGGCGGGAUUGGGAUGAGGUGCAAGAUGCUUUUCCAGACAACAACAACGGCAGCAGAAUAUUGAUAACUAGUCGUUUGAAAGAGGUGGCCUUGCAUGCUGGUGAUGAUGUUCCUCACUAUCUUCGGUUCUUGAGUAAAAAAGAAAGUUGGAAGUUGUUUUGCAGGAAAGUGUUUAAGGGUGAAAACUGCCCUUCUGAUUUGGAGACCUUAGGAAAGCAGAUGGUUCAAAGUUGUCGUGGUUUGCCGCUCUCCGUCAUUGUUUUAGCAGGACUGCUAGCCAAGAAAGAAAAAUCACAGAGAGAAUGGUCUAAAGUGGUAGGUCAUGUUAAUUGGUAUCUGACUCGAGAUGAGACCCAAGUGAAGGAUAUAGUUCUCAAACUCAGCUACGAAAACUUGCCAAGAGCAUUAAAACCAUGUUUUCUCUAUCUUGGGUUAUUUCCUGAAGAUUUUGAAAUACCUGUUAUGCCGUUAUUGAAAAAAUGGGUUGCGGAGGGUUUUAUACAAGAUACAGGAAAUAGAGACCCAGAUGAUGUUGCAGAAGACUACUUGUACGAGCUCAUGGAUCGUAGUUUGGUCCAGGCAGGGGUGAAGUUGAAUGGACGUUUGGCGAAGUGUCAGGUUCAUGAUCUUCUUCGAGAUCUUUGCAUAUCAGAGAGCAAAGAGGAGAAAGUGUUUGAAGUUUGCACAGACAAUAACAUUCUAAUCCCUACCAAACCUCGCAGACUGUCCAUUCACAUUUAUAUGGGUCACUAUAUUUCUUCAAGCAACAAUGACCAUUCAUGUAUUCGUUCCUUGUUUUUCUUUGGGCCAUAUUAUAAAGUCGGUGGGAGAGAGUGGAAAUGGCUUUUGGACGAGUGCAAAUUGGUUCGAGUGUUAGAGUUUGGAUCUAACUGUUGCCAUAAGAUCCCUUCCAAUUUAGAGAACUUCAUCCACUUAAGGUACUUAAGAGUAGAAAUUUCAACAGAGCCAUUUGUUCCAGAUUCAAUACUUAACCUUUGGAAUCUACAAACCAUUCACCUGAGUUUUUAUCCCAUUCGCACUCCAAUUUCUUUCCCUGUCCAAAUAUGGAAACUCAAACAUUUAAGGCAUUUGAGUGUAGUAGGAUCUAUGGAAUUGCGAGGAAGAUGUUCAGAAUUAGAUGAGAAGAUGUGGAAUCUUCAAACCAUCUCUGGUCUUAAGAUCAAUAAGCAAGCAACAUCUCUAAUAAAGAAAGGAACAUUUCCCAAUAUUAAGAGGAUGGAGUUGUACGUUAAAGAUUACCAAGGUGAAUUACCUAAUUUAUUACAAAACUUAGCACCAUUGAAGCAUUUGAAUAAAUUGGUGAUUUUGACAUCAAAGGAAUUUCUCUCGGAACAAGUGACUGACAUCUUACAAAAUUUAGAAACAAAUAAUGGAGUUAAAGUUCAUGUCGACGAUUUAUUUUAA